CGCACGCCAGUAGCUCGUAGCAUGUUGUAGAGGAUUGUUUCUCAAUAAAAAAAAUACGACGAAAAUUUUUCUUUUAACCUGCAAUUUCGAAAAAAGUCGGUCGGUGAGUUGUUUGACUGGUGACCAGGAAGUGUUUGUGUCUGCAAAAUGGGUAAUAUACACACAGUCGGUCCGAAUGAAGCCCUCAUCGUUUCAGGAGGAUGCUGCGGUUCGACCAAACGCGUGACGAUAGUAGGGGGAUGGGCAUGGGCAUGGUGGUUGGUCACCGACGUCCAACGCCUGUCCCUCGAGGUGAUGACCCUAAAUCCUAUGUGCGAAAGCGUCGAGACGGCUCAAGGCGUCCCCUUAACUGUCACGGGCGUUGCUCAAUGCAAAAUCAUGAAGGCCGACGAACUUUUAUACACCGCCUCGGAACAGUUCCUCGGGAAAUCCGUCAACGAGAUAAAAGCCACCAUUUUGCAAACGUUGGAAGGGCAUCUGCGAGCGAUUUUAGGAACUCUUACCGUAGAAGAAGUGUAUCGCGACCGGGACCAAUUCGCAGCUCUAGUACGUGAAGUAGCUGCACCUGACGUAGGCCGGAUGGGCAUAGAGAUCCUCUCUUUCACCAUCAAGGAUGUUUAUGACGAAGUACAAUACUUGACAUCGCUAGGAAAAGCCCAAACAGCCAUGGUAAAACGUGACGCAGACGCCGGCGUUGCGGAAGCCAAUCGCGACGCUGGAAUCCGCGAAGCGGAGUGCCAGAAAUCGGCCAUGGACGUCAAAUACUCGACGGAUACGAAAAUCGAAGAUAAUUCGAGGAUGUUUAAGCUGCAAAAGGCGAAUUUCAACCAAGAAAUCAACACUGCCAAAGCCGAAGCACAACUGGCCUACGAAUUACAAGCUGCAAAGAUACGUCAGAAGAUACGAAACGAAGAAAUCCAGAUUGAUGUCGUGGAAAGGAAGAAACAGAUCGAGGUAGAAGCCCAAGAGGUACUCAGAAAGGAGAGGGAACUUAACGCUACCGUUCGUUUGCCGGCUGAAGCUGAAAGUUACAAGGUCCAAAUGUUGGCUGAAGGAAGACGAACUCAGACUGUACAAACCGCCAAAGCCGACAGUGAACGAAUAAAAUUACUCGGAAGUGCCGAAGCUGCCGCCAUUUCAAGUGUAGGGAAAGCCGACGCUGAGCGCAUGAGACAAAAAGCUGCUGUGUACAAGCAAUACGGAGAUGCUGCCAUUAUGUCUCUCGUUCUAGAUGCCUUACCAAAGAUCGCUGCCGAGGUGUCAGCCCCACUGGCCAAAACCGAGGAAAUCGUUUUAAUAGGAGGUCCUGACGCAACCACUGCCGAAAUAACUCGGUUAGUAGGACAAAUACCACCUGCCGUGAAUGCCUUAACCGGAGUCAACCUAUCUAAAGUUCUUGGAAAAAUUCCUGGCGCAUCUACUCAACCUGUUACAGCUGCUGUCAAAUAAAAUAAUCCCGAAAUUUGAAACUUGCGCGUUUUUGGCCUCCGUUAUCUUAUAUCGCACUUCUCUUCAUAAAAAUAAUAAUAUUGUAAUAGUCCAUACUCGUGGCUGCAUUUACUUCAAAAGAAAAACUCAAAAAAAAUCGCUCAGGACUACGAAUUCGAUUGUUUACCAAUAGCAAGUUUUGUUCGUAUUUUAAUGUUGUUUUAAGAAAUGAAACCGUGUCUAAGUACCGGUUAGUGUUCAAUUUUAAUAAAUGAAUAAUGCUUUUCAGUAAAGUUUCAGAGUUUAGGGUAUAGUGAAAAAGUUCUACAUGUAUUUUUCUACUCCCAAUUCUACUUUUUACUUUUUUAUUUUAGUUUUAGUAUAGUGGAACACCAAAUACAAGCCGGAAGGUCCCGAUUUGCCAUACGUGUUGUAAAACGCUUGAGUAUUGUACAAGUUUGUUUUAUUUUUUAUACGGUUUUAUUUUAUGUUAUUACGUGAUAAGUCUAUUUUUGCUAAGUUUUUACGUUGGUUUGGUCAAUCUGUGCUUCGAUUUUACACUAGGUGUGGAUAUUUGUUACCCCUCCCCCCACAUGUGUGAAAUAAAAUAUUUUAGUAAAUGGCAA